GUGGCGCGGGGUGCUAUGGGAUGCCUGCGGUAUUUCCGGCGACGGUUUUGGAGUAGUGGGAGCGGUCCGAUCUCAGGUUGAACAAUGGAAAACAUGGAGACCCUCGUACAGAGGUUGGAGAAAGCUGUUUCACGACUGGAGAUUUUGGAAUCUGGUAGAAAUGCAGUUGAUGGAUCUGAUGGUCAUGAAGUUGCUCCCUUCGUAGAGGCAUUUGAUGAGAUGCUGACUGGAACAAUUGCACAAUAUUACAAACUAAGCAAAGAGAUUGGUGGUGAUAUUGGAGAACAUGCUGACUUGGUGGAUGAAGCUGUAAAGAUAGAGAGAGCAUUCCUAGUGACUGCCUCCCGAUGCCAGCAGCCUCCAGUGAAUGAAUUGACUCAACUACUUCAGCCCCUCUCCAACAAAAUUUUACAAAUCCAAGAUUUCAGAGAGAAAAAACGUGCAAGUAAACAGUUCAAUCAUCUAUCGGCUAUUAGUGAGAGCAUCCCUGGUCUGGGAUGGCUUGAAAUUGCUCCCAAACCUGGUCCGUAUGUUAAGGAGAUGACUGAUGCUGCUAUGUUUUAUACCAACAGAGUUUUGAAGGAAUACAAAGACAUUGAUAAAAGACAUGUGGAGUGGGUAAAGGCCUACAUAAACUUCUGGACUGAACUUCAAGCAUAUAUCAAAGCACACCACACCACUGGGCUUUCUUGGAGUAAGACUGGUCCAAAGGCAACUGCAUCUUCUGUUUCUGUGACACCUUCAGGGGGAACUGCCCCUCCUCCUCCUGGACCACCACCACCACCUCAAGAAGCUACUCCCUUGAUGGACACAACUAACUCAAGAGCAGCUCUAUUUGAUGAACUUAAUAAAGGAGCAGAAAUUGCAAGUAGACUGAAACAUGUGCCAGACAGCAGUAAAACUCACAAGAACCCAGCAUUAAGGAAUGCAAAUGCACCAGCCCAUGCUGGACCAAAACCAUUCAAAGCAGCAGCUGCUUCACCAAAGCAACCAGCCAAGAAAGAGCCACCCAUGCUACUAUUGGAAGGAAAGAAAUGGAGAGUGGAAAACCAAGACAAUGCCAAUAAUCUGGUUAUUGAAGAGACAGAGUUGAAGCAGGUUGCAUAUGUGUACAAAUGUACCCAAAGCACCCUUAACAUCAAAGGCAAAAUCAACUCAAUUACUAUUGAUAACUGUAAGAAACUGGGUCUAGUUUUUGAUCAUGUUGUUGGAAUUGUGGAGGUUAUAAAUUCACGUGAUGUGAAAAUUCAGGUGUUGGGUAAAGUGCCAACUGUAUCUAUCAAUAAGACUGAUGGCUGCCAUGUCUACCUUAGUAAGGAUUCCCUCAAUUGUGAGAUUGUUAGUGCCAAGUCCUCUGAGAUGAAUGUCUUGAUUCCUGUCAACGAUGAUUUUGUUGAACACCCUAUUCCAGAGCAAUUCAAGACUGUCUGGAAUGGGGAGAAACUGAUGACUACAGAAGCAGAAAUAUCCGGUUAAAUACACAAUUACUGAGGAUGUUUAUCUACAGGCAUGAUGUUAAUGUUGCUAGUAAUGAUGAGCCUGAUUAAUCUGUAGAAGCAAUGAGCUAACUUUCUGCACAAUCUACUCUUUAAACUUGUUCUGUCACUCCUCAUGAGAGGUCAUUAAUCUGCUACAGCAUAUACCUCAGAUGUACUGGGAUUAGACUUUCCAGUAUAAAAUGGCCUAAAGUAGCUGGAUUAGAGCAUGAUUGACUGCCCUGAGAUGCAGUACGAACAGUAUGAAUACUCAUUGAAUUUAUGGAAGUAGAACACUUAAGGGCUGGAAACAAUUGGAGAGAACUUGAGAGUGAGGGCAUCAUAAUGCAAUUUUAUUCGAGGCUAAUGUUGCUGAGUUGUUAUUUGCAUGGGUGAGAAGUUUUUUUUCCUGCUCAGCCUUGCAUUAAAAUAUCUCAAAUUGACAAUGCAUUAAUACCAUUCUAAUCCUAAAAAAAAUUACCAUCAAAACUAAGGAAGUUCUAAUAUGCCUGAUAUGGUUUUUAAUUUGCUUCUUGCCUUGAUUAUUUAUGCUUUGGGAGCAAUUGUCACCCUUUUUAGUUUGAAAUUAUAGGUGAAACAAUUACUUCAUUGCUGGGAUUGGUUUUUAUCCCUGAAACCACAUAGCCUUUUAUAGAAGGAUCAAAUGUGAGAGAUUAUAAACCCCCCAUGGGCCAUGAACGAGUUUUAAAAAAAAAUUCAGUGCAAAGAUCAAAGAACAGUUACAGCACAGGUGGCCAUUUGGCCCCUGGCUUUUGUGGUUCAGGUUUUGAAUGAAAGCUAACUUAAUGUGUCAGUCUAAUUUUUUUUUUCCAGAACUUAAAUGUGGGAACUGAGGUUAUUGCAGACCAGCUGUCUUGAAAGCAUUCCAUAAAUCUUCAAACUUUCCUUUUGAGCAUUUUUGUUUUGCUCCAUUUUGUACCUUACCAGUGUGUCAUCCUUCUGCAGUUUGCUUGGCCUAAACUUUUAUUUCUAGCACAGUAGUUUUAAACUGAAGUGGAGACCCAGAUAUGGUUUGUCUUGCGGUUAAAAUAACUUUUAAAAAUUGGAACUUCUCUUUUUCCUCAGGGUCUGGUCCUCUUGAAAUGUGUGUAGCAGCUGAUCAGAAUAUUGAUGAUACACAGUGCCUGAGUUUUGGUGCUUGCUUUCAGUUGGCAUUCUUUAAAAAGUUGUCUAAAACCAUUCCAUACCCCAGGAGUAAACUUGUUGUUUUAUUCCUUUCUGUAAUGUUAAUUUACUCAUCUAUUUCAGUAGAUGGAUUAAUAAGGCUAUUUUGUACCAGGAUGUCAAACAUUUCAGCACAGUUGCAUUGAGUACUUUUCCCCCAGAAUCUUGUCUUGAUUUAAAAUAAAUUCUUAAUGAUUUGCACAUUGUGCUUGUUUUCUCAUUGCAUUUUUUGGGUACAUUAACUUCAAAAUAAAAAUUCUUUUAGAUUCAAUGUUUACUAAGCAGUGAAAUAAUGGAAGACAAAGUAUGUUAUGAUUUCUGAAUGGGCCAGCAAACAUUGUGAUUGAUGUACUGUCAAUUUCUUUUUAGGCUAAUUUACAUGCAGUCCUAAGCUUCUAAUCUGAUAGUGGAAAAUUGGGUUGCAAGGCUGCUACAAGAAGUCAUAGUUAAGAUUGAAAGUUUUUUAAUUGCUUUGACAUUUCAUACAAAAUGACAAGUGAGUUGUUGCAUUUAGAGGAAGUUUGAAUGCUACUCUACCCCAAGGUACCAAGUGCACAGUCAACAGCCUAUUUUUGGUGUGAAAACUUUGUAUUGUGUAAUUUCAGUACGAUACAAACAGGUCAAAUUUGGUUCUUGCUACUUGUGGUUACUAUGCUCUUAACAAAUUAAAAUGCAAAACAAAA